CCGCGGCGGCUUCUGCUGCUGGGGCGGCGGGGAUACAAUGAGCGGCAGCGGCGGGGCGGCUGCGGGCCGCUGAGGAGCCCCCGCUGCCUUCCCCGCCGGCAUGGCUACUACAGCCGAGCUCUUCGAGGAGCCUUUUGUGGCAGAUGAAUACAUUGAACGCCUGGCAUGGAGAACACCUGGAGGAGGUUCCAGAGGUGGAGAAGCUUUUGAUCCGAAAAGAUUAUUGGAAGAAUUUGUAAAUCAUAUCCAAGAAUUACAGGUAAUGGAUGAAAGGAUUCAGAGAAAGGUGGAGAAACUAGAACAGCAAUGCCAGAAGGAAGCAAAGGAAUUUGCCAAGAAGGUACAAGAGCUGCAGAAAAGCAACCAGGUUGCCUUCCAACAUUUCCAAGAACUAGAUGAGCACAUCAGCUAUGUAGCAACCAAGGUCUGUCACCUUGGUGACCAACUGGAGGGGGUAAACACGCCACGGCAACGGGCUGUGGAGGCUCAGAAGCUGAUGAAAUACUUUAAUGAGUUUCUGGAUGGAGAGCUGAAGUCUGAUGUUUUUACAAACUCUGAAAAGAUUAAAGAGGCAGCUGAUAUUAUUCAGAAACUGCAUUUGAUUGCACAGGAACUGCCUUUUGACAGGUUUUCUGAAGUAAAAUCAAAGAUAGCAAGUAAAUACCAUGAUUUAGAGUGCCAGCUAAUUCAAGAGUUCACCAGUGCACAACGGAGAGGUGAAAUCUCCAGAAUGAGAGAAGUAGCAGCAGUUUUGCUUCAUUUUAAGGGCUAUUCCCAUUGUGUUGAUGUGUACAUAAAGCAGUGUCAAGAGGGUGCAUUCCUGAGGAAUGAUGUCUUUGAAGAUGCAGCCAUUCUCUGCCAGCGAGUGAAUAAGCAAGUUGGAGAAGUCUUUAGCAAUCCAGAGACUGUGCUAGCCAAACUCAUUCAAAAUAUCUUUGAAGUUAAACUUCAGACUUAUGUGAAGGACCAGCUAGAAGAACACAGGAAAUCAGAUGCAGAACAAUAUCUUAAGAAUCUCUAUGAUUUAUAUACAAGAACUACUAAUCUUUCAAGCAAAUUGAUGGAAUUUAACUUGGGUACUGAUAAGCAGACUUUCUUGUCUAAGCUUAUCAAAUCCAUUUUCAUUUCCUACUUGGAGAAUUACAUUGAGGUGGAAAUUGGGUAUUUGAAAAGCAGGAGUGCAAUGAUUCUGCAACGCUAUUAUGAUUCCAAAAACCACCAGAAGAGAUCCAUUGGCACUGGAGGGAUCCAGAUCCACAAAAGGACUGAAGCAAAAUUAAGCAUUCAAGACCUCAAAGAGAGAAUAAGGCAACGUACAAACUUACCACUGGGGCCAAGUAUUGACACACAUGGAGAAACUUUUCUGUCACAAGAAGUGGUGGUUAACCUUUUGCAAGAAACUAAACAAGCCUUUGAAAGAUGUCACAGGCUCUCUGAUCCAUCUGACCUACCGAAGAAUGCUUUCAGAAUUUUUUCUAUGCUUGUAGAGUUCUUAUGUACUGAACACAUUGAUUAUGCUUUAGAAACAGGCCUUGCUGGCAUCCCCUCUUCUGACUCAAAGAAUGCAAAUCUCUAUUUCUUGGAUGUUGUCCACCAGGCCAAUACUAUUUUCCAUUUAUUUGACAAGCAAUUCAAUGAUCAUCUGAUGCCAUUGAUCAGUUCUUCUCCUAAAUUAUCUGAAUGCCUUCAGAAGAAGAAGGACAUCAUAGAACAAAUGGAAGUGAAGCUGGAUAUGGGCAUUGAUAGGACACUGAAUUGUAUGAUUGGACAGAUGAAGCACAUCUUGGCUGCAGAGCAGAAGAAGACAGAUUUUAAACCAGAAGAUGAAAACAAUGUGUUGAUUCAAUAUACCAAUGCUUGUGUUAAAGUCUGUGGCUAUGUUAGAAAGCAAGUGGAAAAGAUUAGGAAUUCUAUGGAUGGUAAGAAUGUGGACACAGUUUUGAUGGAGUUUGGAGUUCGUUUUCAUCGGCUUAUUUAUGAGCACCUACAGCAAUACUCCUACAGCUGCAUGGGAGGCAUGUUGGCUAUUUGUGAUGUGGCUGAGUAUAGGAAGUGUGCCAAAGACUUCAAGAUUGCACUGGUGUUACAACUCUUUGAUACUUUGCAUGCACUUUGCAAUCUCCUGGUUGUAGCCCCGGAUAAUUUAAAGCAAGUUUGCUCUGGAGAACAACUUGCUAACCUGGACAAGAACAUCCUUCACUCCUUUGUUCAGCUGCGUGUGGAUUAUAGGUCUGCUCGGCUUGGUCGUCACUUCAGCUGAGAGCAUGGAAAGCAAAGUUGCACCUUUGGGCAGGCCUCAGUUGUUAGAAAGCACAGAGAAUGAUUUCUUACCAGACCAUGGUCAUAACUUCUGGGGGAUAAUGACUGGAAUAAAGCAGCAACCAUAUUUAAACAUGACUAAGUAGGAGGUGAGCAGGCUAAAAGCUGAAUGAUGUUUCCUCUGAGCUAAAGUUCUCCUGGUGAAGAAUAUUGCAAAUUUACUUGCUACUGAUUUAUUUUUUUUUUUUAACUGGAAACAUGUUGGUCAAGGAGAGCAAGUGGUGCAUUGGAAGUAUUUUAGACUUCAAUGUUGAAUUAUCAGAUCCCAUUUGUUAGACUUGAACCACGGAGCAUAGCGUAGGUAAUGGAUUACAUGGAAUAGACCAGUGUAAAAACAUUCUUCCAUCAAUUUUAAUGACUUAGACUUCAGCACAGCUAAUCAUAAUCAAAUUAUCUUUGAUUGGUGUUUCUAAGUCAUUUCUUUCAUUUAAAACGUUAUCCUGCUCAGUGUAAUUUCUUGCUCUAAUUAAUUAGCUUGGAAUUUCUUUUGAGAUGUAGGAGGAAAAGCAACACUAUCCCAGAAGGAUGUAAUUUAUUCAUUAUGUAGCAUUCUAAACAGCACUAAACCAGUGAAAACUUUUGGAUUUUUUUUUUUUUUUGAUUCUUUGGCUUUGUUCUUUGAGGUUUGUUUUUUUGCACCUGAUAGUUGAGGGCCCACCAGAAUUGAUUGGCACCAUCUGACACUCUUGUCUCUGUUUGAUACUGGCACACUGAAUUUUAUAUCUGCUCCUAACACAAAUGCAGCUGCCUUGUCUAGGCAUUCUUAUUACAAGGUGAAGGUGCCCAUUGUUGGGUUAAUAUAAGAGAACUUUCUCCUUCUUUUGUAUGUAAAUAAAUUGGGAAAAAGUGGGAGGAAUGGGCAGUGGCUUUAGUAAAAACCUACAGCUGAAAAUUCCUGUGCUGAAGAUAAUUGAUCCUCAGUGCCUGAGCAAUAUAAGAUGUUGAAGUGUGUGAAUGCUUCUUUUCCACUAAUCAUUAUUUUAAUAUUGGAGCCAGGCUACUUUUAUGCCUGUUAUGCUCCAGCAAUUAUUCAAGGUUUUUCUGAGAUGGACCCAUAGUGUGCAUAGAGUGAAGUGAUGCAACGGUGAUGUGUGAAACAUCUGGGGUAGCUUUUCCACAAGCAGCUGAAAAUCCUUGUAAAUAGACCUUUUGUUCAGAGUAAGCUCUUGUGGAGAACAGAGUGGAACUGCUGUGGUUUGUGUCUUCAAUCUGACCUUCAUCAUCCCUGAGCAACUCAUCUCUAACACUUGAUUUCUACCCGGGGCUCAGCGUGUGUUAUGGGAACUCCUUUCUCCCCCAUCUUCAGAGCAGCAUUUCUAUAAAUUUACUGGUCACUCAAGUAAAAUUUUCCUCUUGUCAAUGACUUCCCAGGUGUUGUCAGUAUUGACAGGCUUGUGUGGAGCUUCUCUUGGUUAGCUGGAAGUUCUUCUGCUUCAUUUUGUAUAUAGCAGAGCAUUGUAUCAGUAAACAAGAGGAAGGAUGCCAGGCUGUCUCAAAGCAUUUGGGAAGAGUUUUUGGCUGCUUUGUUGAGCUGUGUAGCUCUGUUCCUUGGCCAUGGCAAAGCCACAAAGAGUUUUGGACACUGGAGGAGGCACAUGCUUGUACUGCUGCCAUAUUUUUUUUCAAAAAGCUCUGAUGUGAAUUCAGAUGAUACCUCUGUUACCUCUGUAACUGAAAGCCAAUGAUUUUAAGGCUGUGGUUUUAUUAACCAAUACAAAAUCUUUCUACAAAAAAAAAAAAAAAAAGUGUCAAUUUGUAAGCACUUCAGAGAACAUCAUCUUAAGACUGCAAAUCACAGAAGUGCUUCAGGAUUUGUUGUAUGAUUGUUUGAAUUAUUUUCAGGUUGUAUGAAAUGUAUUUACCAUAUUUCUUGCUUUAUUAGCUGUGUUUUCCAUGCAUAUGCUCAGUGCAAUAUUUUCAUUAUGCCUGUUAAGAAGAGCCAGCAAAAUGUAGGUGAAUACUUAAACUUAGGUAUGUAAACUCUUCCUCAAUAAAAAUAAUUCCAUCCAGA